GGAACUAAGGGCCGAGGAGGCCGAAUCUCAGCGCGGGCGCUGACGAUGAUAGAAACAUGAAGUUAUAAGAACCGCGGAGAGGCGGGGCGAGGGGGGGCACCGGGGAAGAUUUUUAGUGCAAAAAGGAAGCCAGGUCCACCGAAAGAUCUAAGAAAUUCCCAACACUAGAACCUUUGUAUAUAGUUUUCAGUAACCUUCGGCAGGGGGCGCUCGGAAAUUGUCGCACUUUCCGGGCAACCUUCAGGACUUCACCCUCUAGAAACCGAACAGUGUUUCCGGCUCUUCUCAGUUGUGGACGCUCGUAAGUGUUCGGCAGUUUCCGGGGAGACUCGGGGACGCCGCUUCUCGCUUCCUCGGCUCUGAUCCCCAGUCCGGCGGGCAGGGUCCUGGGCUAGUCAUGGCGUCCCCGUCUCGGAGGCUGCAGACUAAACCAGUCAUCACUUGUUUCAAGAGCGUCCUUCUGAUCUACACUUUCAUAUUCUGGAUCACUGGUGUUAUCCUUCUUGCCGUUGGCAUUUGGGGCAAGGUGAGCCUGGAGAAUUACUUCUCCCUUUUAAAUGAGAAGGCCACCAAUGUUCCCUUCGUGCUCAUCGGCACUGGCACUGUCAUCAUUCUUUUGGGCACCUUUGGCUGUUUUGCUACCUGCCGAGCUUCUGCGUGGAUGCUAAAACUGUAUGCAAUGUUUCUGACUCUCAUUUUUUUGGUUGAACUGGUCGCUGCCAUUGUUGGAUUUGUUUUCAGACAUGAGAUUAAGGACAGCUUUAAGAAUAAUUAUGAGAAAGCUUUAAAGCAGUAUAAUGCUACGGGAGAUUAUAGAAGCAAUGCAGUAGACAAGAUUCAAAGUACGUUACAUUGUUGUGGUGCCACAAACUUUAGAGAUUGGAAGGAUACUAAUUAUUACAUAGAAAAAGGAUUUCCCAAGAGCUGCUGUAAAGUUGAAGAUUGUUCUCCUCAGAGGGAUGCCGAUAAAGUAAACAAUGAAGGUUGUUUUAUAAAGGUGAUGACCAUUAUAGAAUCAGAAAUGGGAGUUGUUGCUGGAAUUUCCUUUGGAGUUGCUUGUUUCCAGCUGAUUGGAAUCUUUCUCGCCUACUGCCUCUCUCGCGCUAUAACAAACAACCAGUAUGAGAUAGUGUAACCAACAUUACAUAUGCUUACUCCUUUCCAUCUUUAAGGAUAUUUACAUUACCCUCUGUGAGCUACUAGAUUGCCUGGUUUGGAAAACUGCCCCAUGUUACCCAUUGACCGAAAAGCUACACCAAUAGUCUGAUUCAAUCUAGACAUUUGUCCAGUAUCAUAUAAGUCCACCUUUUGUCCCUAUCAUCAUGUAAGAUCAUUGAAACUUUCUUCUCUCUCUGAAACACUGGAAGAGCUAGUAAAUUGUAAAUGAAA